AUGUCGUCUUCUACGGCUUUUGCAAUGCUCUCCGUGGCAGGUCCCGGGCCUGAUCUGGCAUCGUCAAGGAAAGCCUUUCCAAUUGCAUGGCAGCCGGCUGCAGCGAGCCUUCAAGGUGCGAGUGGCAGCUCUGGGGUGCAGCUCCUGUCAUCCUCAGCGGCAGUUACCGUGGCGACACUGGCUAGGAGACACGUGACGCAGAGGAAACGAAGCACGUCGUCGCGGGUCGCAGUCGCUGCCCAGUGCAAGAAGACGCAGUGCGUGCACCCUGACAAGCCGAUGAUGUUUGCUUGUGCAGACUGCCCUCGUCGCGGUGUUGCCCCGGAGCUUGACCAAGAGCCGCUGGCGGCAGCAGCAUUCCUUGGAGAAAGCAUCCCGUGCAACACGUGCUCCAAGAAGACUCAGUGUGUGCACCCCGACAAGCCGAUGAUGUUUGCCUGUGCAGACUGCCCUCGUCGCGGUGUUGCCCCGGAGCUUGACGAAGAGCCGCUGGCGGCGGCGGCCUUCCUUGGAGAAAGCGUCCCAAGCAACACGUGCUCCAAGAAGACCCAGUGUGUGCAUCCCGACAAGCCGAUGAUGUUUGCCUGCGCGGCUCUUAGUCAAGCGACGGUAGUCUCAACGACUUCAGUAUGUAUCUACGCCGCAGCAUGA